GCCCAAGCGAAAGGCAAAGAGUGAACCACAGUUAGAGAAUUUCUCACUCAAACGCAACCAUAGGCGCAUCCCUAGAGGAGUCAUCUAGAGAGAGAAACAGAUACUUAUAGAGAGAGAAACAAAUUAAUCAGGUUUCGCAGAGCUUCUUCUAGAGAGAGAGACACACAGACACAGAGUCACUUGUGUGUCGCACUCAUCAUGUUUGUUGGUGGUGUUCUAUUUGGAAAUUGCGCUGGAUUUUUCGAAGCUUUCUCUAGGGCUUUUGUUGUUAUCGCCGUUUAAAGAUUUGUAGCAAUUGAGUUGUGUGCGUCGGUGUCUCUGUGUGUAUGGGUAAGAGAGAGAAUAUAUAGAUAUAUAUCUAGAGAGUGAGAGAGCUAGGGUUUGAGAGUGUUGUAGUUGUUGAAUUUGGAUGGGAAUUGGUUACAGAGGUAGGGAAGGCAAUGAGGAAAUCAUUUAAGGAUUCCCUUAAAGCGCUUGAAGCUGAUAUUCAGCAUGCCAAUACCCUGGCUUCGGAUUAUCCAAGGGAAUAUGGUGGUGGCUGCCUCCAGAUGAGACUAUCCUACAGUUCUUGUGCCCAUAUUUUUCUCUUUCUUGUUCAAUGGACUGAUUGUCACCUUGCUGGUGCACUUGGGUUGCUUAGAAUCCUUGUUUAUAAGGCUUAUGAUGAUGGGAAAACCACCAUUUCUAUUCAUGAACGGAAGGCAAGCAUAAAGGAGUUCUAUGGCGUGAUAUUUCCAUCUUUAUUGCAACUUCAAGGAGGACUAAAUGAUGUUGAAGAGAGGAAGCAGAGAGAGAUUUGUGCUGCAAAAUACACAAGAAAAGACAAGACGGAAAAAGGUAAGUUAUCUGAAAUUGAUAUGGAAAGAGAGGAAGAAUGUGGUAUUUGCAUGGAGAUGAACAGCAAGGUUGUCUUGCCCAACUGCAAUCAUUCUUUGUGUAUGAAGUGCUAUAGAAAUUGGCGUACUCGGUCUCAGUCAUGCCCUUUCUGUCGAGAUUGUCUUAAAAGAGUGAACUCAGGUGACCUCUGGAUCUACACGAGCAGCUGUGAGAUCGUGGACUCACUUUCAAUGACAAGGGAAAAUCUGAAGAGGCUAUUCACAUACAUUGAGAAGUUGCCUCGUAGUGUCCCGGAUCCAAGGCUAAUUACUUAUGACCCUAGUUUUCGUUAAGGUAAAUUCUUUGUCAGGGGAUAAAAGUAGUUUGUAUAUAAAGCGUGAUUGAUUGUACAUCAAUUUCUGUUUUAUUUUUUAUUUUUUAUUUUUUCCCUUUUUUGUUGGAUGAAUGUAUAAGAUAUUGUCAGCAGGCUUCAAAUUAUAUUGACAGGAUGCCUAGUCCAAAACUAAAAUGGUAUCUGGAUUGCUAUCAUAUUUCUCAAUGAUAGAAUACAAUUCACUCUUUCCA